CACUAAGAGCCAAUCAAAUGCGUGAGUUUAUAGAUGGGAAGUCCAGCGCACUUGAUCCGUCUCGUUUCUUUUACAAAUGACAGUAAUGGUAGGUUUGUAAAGGCGAUUUAUUUCUGAAGUUUAUUGUAUAAACGUAGAAAACGCGUUUUUAGACUAGUUGUGUGCUCGUUUGUUUUUAGAUAGGUUGAUAUUUUUAGAGUAAACAUGUCGCUCAGGGGUUGAUUCUGUCCAUCACAUUGGGUUUGGUGACGCCUACAAUAAACGAAGACAAACAUGGCAGAAAUGUACAUGAUGCCCAACCCUGGGAUGCCCAGUUACCCACCUGGGCUUGAGUACCUGACACAGAUCGAUCAGCUGCUGAUUAAACAGAAGGUGGAGCUCAUCGAGGCUCUGGUCGGCUUCGAGAGCAAUAACAAGUAUGAAAUCAAGAACUCGUUGGGCCAGAACGUGUUCUACGCGGUGGAGGAGAACGACUGUCUAACGCGGCAGUGCUGCGGCCCUCUGCGCUCCUUCACCAUUCGCAUCCUGGAUAACUUCGGUCAGGAAGUGAUCACAGUCAGCCGACCCCUAAAGUGCAUGUCCUGCUUCUUCCCGUGCUGUCUUCAAGAGCUGGAGGUUCAGUCUCCACCAGGGAACAUUGUUGGUUAUGUGCUCCAAGAGUGGCAUCCUUUCCUUCCCAAGUUCACCAUCCAGAAUGAGAACAAGGAGCCUGUACUGAAGCUGCAGGGACCCUUCUGCGGCUGGAGCUGCCUUCCAGACGUCGACUUUGAGAUUUUGACCAUGGAUGAAGUGAGCAUCGGGAGAAUCAGUAAACAGUGGUCCGGCCUUCUCCGAGAAGUCUUUACAGACUCCGAUAACUUCGGGAUCCAGUUCCCCAUGGACCUCGAUGUCCGAAUGAAAGCGGUGAUGAUCGGACUCUGCUUCCUCAUUGACUUCAUGUAUUUCGAGACGAACAACUAACCUCUGAGCGAGUGAGAGCAACCCGAACAAAGCAGAAAGAAGAGUAAAAAGGGUCUGUUCCAGAAAGAGGACUGGGAUGAAUUAAUCCUGUCAGCACGAUUACCGAAUCCAAAAAAACUAAAUUAAACCAAAUAAUCCUUCAUACGUUCAACCAGGAUUACGAAAAACAAAAAGGACAAUUUCUCAUCAGUAAAACAAAAGAUUUUUUUAUCGCACUAUAUAAAAAGAAGGCUAAAAAAACUAAACUAAAAAAACUAAAAUCAUUUUUUAAAAUUUAACUUAAAAUAGAAUUGUAACUCUAUUUCAUUUCAAAUAAAUUAACCUCAGCAACAAAUGAAAUUUCAAAACAGUUUUUAGGUCUAAAAUUGGAUCCAAUGAGCAAUUUACUGUAAAGAAAUUAAGGCCUGUGUUCAAAACACAGAAGAGUUUUAUUGAAGAUUGAGGUUUAAAAUGAAAAUGAAGGUGAGAAUUUGCUGUGUUUAAAAUAAAUACAGACCUUCAGUGAAAAGCCACAACAUUUUACAACGUGAAUAUUUUCUGUGAUAUUUUGAGGAGUUUUUUUUUUCCCUUCCCCAGCAGAUUUCCCAUAGAUUUGAGCUGGGACACACAGUGUGAUGUCAUCACAACACGCAAAAGGCCAAAGCCCUCAUUCACAUGCGGAGCUCUCAUAGGACGUCAUAACACGUUAUAAUGUGUCUCACUGGUAGAAGUUUAGAAGAAGAAUCUUGGGCUUGUGUUCUUCCACAAAUUCUAAAAGUUGCAAAUAAAAAUAAAUAAAUAAAUAAAUAAUAAUAAUAAAUAAAGAUCAAUAUCAGGUAGCUUUGACAACAAAAAUCACAAAACACUGCAUGAAAUACUGAAGAUACUAAAUGGUAAAUAAUAAUAUUAAUAAUAAUAAUAAUAAUUAUUAUUAUUAUUAUUAUUAUUAAUGAUUUCACCAAAUCAAGUAGUUUUCAAAAUAUAUAUCAUUAUUUUUUUCUUACAUUUUGAAAAUCCAAUUCAAAGGGCUUUAGUGAAAGGUCCCAAAAUUUUACAAGUGUUUAAAUAAAUAUGAAGGAUUAAGUCGCUUAAGCUAAGAGCCUAAAGGUUCAUACGAACCCUUGUAUCUGGAAGAAGAAAAAAAAAAUCUGGAUUUUCGUCAUUCCCACUUUCUGGAACAGACCCAGAUCAAUUCCUUAUUAAAAUCCUAAAGCCUUUAUAUAACAAAUUCAUAGAAAUGAGGUAGAAUGAAUUGUUUAUUUAGCCAUUAUGUACAGGACUUUUCUUGUCCUCCCUCUUUUGCCCUGAUCUCUUGCCCCACUUCUCAAGCAGAGCCGUAUAAGCAGUUAAUACUCAUCCUAGCUGCUGUGCCAUGAGGCUUUAAAGCUCAUUUGAUUCUCGCUACUCCUCAUCCUCAUCCUUCCUGCCUUCCUCAGACUGAAGUACAUAUAGAUAUUUAAAUUCUGUAAGUGUUCAUUUCAAGUGUUCAUGUACGUGUAGUGACUUUGAUUUGUGUUCUUACUUUAACAGAAAAUCUACAAGUGCAACGCUGAUGUAAAAUAUUUCUGACCGAUGAUUUCUGGGGUUUCGCUCUAAUAACUGAUACGACUGACCAAAACUAUGUGACUCAUUUUUUUAAAUUCUGUAAUAAUACCAUGGCACUGAUAUUCAUCACUGGAAAGCCAUUAAUCCCUCCAGGAUAGGCACUAAGAGUCUAUUGUAAAGCUACUGUAUUGAUGUUUCUUUUAUUUAUUUGUGGGUUAAUAUUUAGCCAUUUAUAUUUUUCAAGCUUUUUUUUUUUUUUGCUUUUUUUUUUUUUUGCUUUUUUUUUUUAAAUAUACUUCAUAGUACUACCAAACGCGUGCAGUAGAGGGCGACAACAGCCUGGCAAAACCUCUGCACUUCCUACCUUUACUCUUCAGCCUUUUCCUUUUUUUUUUUUACUCAGGUAAAUAUGCAUGAAACGUAUGCUUGCACUUUACAAAUGUGUGUGUGUGAGUCUGUGAAGCUGUAGUUCAGUCGAUGCCCGUCGUGCUCGUUAAUACAGAAUGUAGUCUACGCACUGCCUUGUUCCACAGAUUUUUAUUAAAUAAAUUAUUUAUUUUCAACUUUCA